AUGAAGGGCAAAUGGGCUUUCAUCGCUAUCGCCGCUCUGAACAUACUUGUCACCCAUGUCGCUGGAAGGCCACACGACCAGAAAGAUGUUGGGAAACCAGAAUCGCAACCAACGGCCACAAUUGCUACCAUAGGGAAUGUUAGCAACGCCAACGUUAACUACUACGAUUUGGAUCACAAUAACGGGAUACCGGAGGCUGAGAAAACGCAUAAUGCUCUACAGCCACGUGCAUCCCCCAAGUCAUUCAACCCUUGCGGAGCCGACAAUUUCAUCAGCAAUCCAUAUAAAAGUUGGAGCGCGCAGCCAAACAUUCGUGCUUACGGAUGGGUUUAUGAUGAUCUUAAUCACCUACAUGACACAGAGUGGGUAACCAGAGCUAAUACUCCAGCCUAUCUUCGAGCAUUGAACUCGGGAAUACGGUUCCAUACAGAGCAUGAUCUUGAAUGGCAACUUGUUGGUUCUUUCUUCAAUUGGGUGGAUGAUGAGUUGUCACAUAAAAGUUGGCAGCAUCCCGAUCCGUCUGUAGGUGGAACAGUGGGAUUUUGCGACUACUUCGUGCUGCAAUGGGAAAGAGAUGCAAUCAUACUGAAUGGCCGAUACCACACCGCCCGCACACCGUUUCAACUCAUAGCUGACCAUUAUCCCCACACCCAUGCGUUUUCAGACGAGAUGGUUGGCCUUUAUGCGAGUAUGAACAAUAUGAAAUCACGAGUUUUCGCUGCUGUUCCUGCACAAAUUUAUGACGGAGACGACAUCAACAGGUGGAUUGCCACAAACAAGCGCGAAGCUCUGCGGCGGGCCCGCCAAGCCAUAGGGCUUGCUCGAUAUCUACAAGAAACUUCAGAUAUCUUCGCUACUCAAGCUCUUAGAAUCAGAGGUAUUAUCGACGAAAUUGACCGGGAUCUAGGUAAUCAUCGCAAGCUGGGGACCUGGCGUCCAUGGCAAUAUCAGGGCCUGAGUACCCUAUUUGAUGAGUACAUGGAUACUGUCUGGCGCGGAUCGUCUGAAGCGCUUUCCCAAUUCACCCGGGACGUUUACCGCAAUUUGAAAGCCAGAAGCUGCUCUAGUGAGAAAAGAAGGGAAUACCUGCUCACCAACGCUCAGAAUGAAUUGUUAUUUUGCCGUGCGGUGGCUGCGCUUUGGACACAAUACAGCCAUUUUCAUGGCACGCAGCCGCGGCCUUGGUAG